UCAAAAAUGUCAACCAUCAAUAAUGAUUUAAUCAAUUAAGACCUUACCCUUGAAUAUGCUGACCUCGAACCACAAAUUUGGGGUUUAUAGAAAAUUACCCAAAAUGUUCAAAAGUUAGAAACACUUUAAAGAGCACACAAGGAGAGAGAGAGAGAGAGAGAGAGCUAACAAAGAAAGACAAAAAAUAUUAAAGGGCAACAGCCAAGAAAAUGCUCUAAAGUAAAAUUUAUUUUAAUGCCAACUAAAGUCUUCCUGGCAAAGAAGAAGAAGAAGAAGAGAAAGAGGACAAAGCAAAAUUAAUUUAUAACAAGAAGUUCUUGUUGUUGUAAAUGCUUUAACCACUGUGGGCUCGGUUAGAGUUUAUGGAAGUGAAUGAGUGUUAAAGAAAUAAAACUGAAACAAUAACAAUUAAAGUAAUAACAACAACAAAUAAAACAACAAUUAGCUAGCAAACAAUAACAACAAGAAUCAAGAAACUAAGCGAAGGCUUUUACUUUUACUUGAAAAAGAGAGAAAGAGAGAGGGUCUAAGCUGGAGAGUAAUAAGAGGGUAAAACUUGUGCUUAAACACGCUCUUAUAACACGCCUCACCUGUAUAUGCUCUCCAUACAACACUCAUUCUCACCUUCAGCAUAGUUAAGCUCUAGACAAGUCUCGCCAAUAAUCCCCCACACCUUUACUAAUAAGUGUGGUUGCUCUCUCCUUGCUGUUUAAAGUCAUUAAAGGCAUCAACACGGCAAACGGUCAAAGUGCAUUGGUAUUGCAUCAUCUGCCAUUGUUUGCGGCCUCUUCAGCCCACAACAACUGCUGUCGUCAUCAUUCACCAGAAACGAGACUCUCAACAACGGCAGCAGUGGAAGAACCUAUAACAACGACAGCAACAGCAACAGCAACAUAUAUAUCAAAAACAACUAAUCCUAAGAACAACAACAAUAACACCAUCAUGCUGCGUAGCUGUGUGUGCUUUGGGCAACGCAGUAAUAACAAACGUAGAAGUUCCUCGUUUGAUACAUCAUCAUCGUGCCGUUCAUCGGAAAUUGAACGUGGCGGCAAAACCGCUACUACAGCCAAUGGAGGCAACAAUAGCAGCGGCAUUGCAAAUGGUCGUAUGGCCUCUAGUUUCUUACAAUUCUUUCAAACGAAAGGUUGGUAUCGUAACUGGCGUAAACCAACGAGGGGCCUCAGCAUGACUAAAAUCGAAAUAA